AAAUUAUCGUUGCUCUGGGUUGUGAUUCCACCGUAGUUGGUGGUGGGUUGUUUUGAGAGAGUGGUUCCAAAUCGACUGUUUGCGAAAAUGGCAUUGUUUCGUCGCCUCACACCAACAAGACUAGCUGACACACAGAAACUCGCUCCCCAAAUUUCGCUCGUCUUGAGACAACUUAGCGAUGCAUCCACAGAUCUCAAAGCCGUUUUGGCAGCCAAAAUUCCCAAGGAACAAGAACGCGUCAAGAAUUUUCGAAAAAGUCAUGGAUCCACAAAGGUCGGAGAAAUUACAGUUGACAUGAUAUACGGCGGCAUGCGCGGCAUCAAAGGCCUCGUCUGCGAGACCUCCGUCCUGGACCCCGACGAAGGCAUCCGCUUCCGCGGCCUCUCCAUUCCGGAGUGCCAGAAGGUGCUGCCUAAGGCCGAAGGUGGACAGGAGCCGCUCCCUGAAGGCCUCUUCUGGCUGCUCAUCACCGGCGACGUGCCCACAGAUGCGCAGGUCAAGGCCCUUUCGAAGGAGUGGGCGGAGCGAGCUGAGCUGCCGCCCCACGUGGUGCAGCUGCUGAACUGCCUGCCCUCGUCGGUGCACCCCAUGACGCAGCUUUCCGCCGCCGUUACAGUGCUCAACAGCGAGAGCAAGUUUGCCAACGCCUACUCUUGCGGAGUGCACAAGUCCAAAUAUUGGGAGUACGCCUACGAAGACGCCAUGGACUUGAUCGCCAAGCUGCCAGUUAUAGCGGCCACCAUUUACCGCAACUCGUUCAAAGACGGGUCGGGCAUCGGAGCGAUCGACACUUCCAAAGACUGGAGCUACAACUUCACCACCAUGCUGGGCUACGACGACCCGCAGUUCAUCGAACUGAUGAGGAUGUACUUGACCAUCCACAGCGACCACGAGGGCGGUAACGUUUCGGCGCAUACAGUGCACCUCGUCGGAUCCGCUCUCAGCGAUCCCUACUUGGCUUUCGCCGCUGGAAUGAACGGGUUGGCCGGUCCUCUGCACGGACUCGCUAACCAAGAGGUACUUGUAUGGCUGCAAAAGCUUCGUCAACAAGUCGGCGACAAAGCCACCGAGGAGCAAUUGAAAGACUUCAUUUGGAAAACACUCAAAUCUGGCCAAGUCGUACCCGGUUACGGUCACGCCGUCUUGAGGAAAACCGAUCCCCGUUACACGUGCCAGCGAGAAUUUGCUUUGAAACAUUUGCCAGAAGACCCUGUCUUCCAGCUGGUAUCCAAACUUUAUAAGAUUGUACCUCCAAUUCUCACGGAGCUCGGCAAAGUGAAGAACCCCUGGCCAAAUGUAGAUGCCCACUCCGGCGUUCUGUUACAGUAUUACGGACUAAAAGAAAUGAACUACUACACCGUCCUCUUUGGCGUGUCGAGAGCCCUAGGAGUGUUGGCAUCGCUAGUGUGGGACCGCGCCUUCGGCCUGCCCAUCGAGAGACCCAAAUCCAUGUCGACGGACGGUCUGAUGAAGGCGCUGAAGGCCAAGUAAAUCCGUUGGCGAACCCUAGUUAAGUACCUUCUCCCGAGAGUUGGUUAGUUUGUAGAAACGGCUACUCGAGAGCUACGAACUACCUCGGUCUACAAAAUUGCUCACAUCGGUGUAUUAUGUCUAUUGUUUUUUUUAGUGUGGGGGUGGUUUUCCGUUUCGAAAUUCAAACGCAACAAUAUCAUUUCCGGGUUCGUUCCUCUUCUGUAGCUGUUUUUGUUUCUCUGAAGCAGAACCGACGGAUUUAUUUAUUUUGUUUUGUACAAAGGCUAUGAGGUGUACAUUUUGUUUGAGAAUAUUUAUUUAGCAUUUUUUAACUUGUUACAUUGUCAACGCCUAUUCAGCAGUUUUUUUUCUCAGUCCACCCAACUCAUACAAAUACAUUGUGCAGGUUAGUUGUACUUAGUUGCAAAUAGUGGAAACGUCAACCCGAUAGUGAGUUUUUCAAACUGGUCAAUAAUUAACUUAGACAAUAUACGUUUUUAAUUUCA